AUGAACGGAAAUCCUAGUCGCACUUAUGAAUAUUAUAAACAACAUGACGACAAUGAUACACCUAAAACCAUUUCUCAGGAUAUAGCGACUGCACCUUGGUAUACAUCAGGAGGCGAAGAUGGUUUAGACCAUUUAAGAAUUUCUUCAUUUGCUCAGCAAGUACAAACAGAUCGAAACGUUGGCAUUAAACACGGAUAUACAUCGAAAAAAGUCUCAAAAUGGAAGCCAGGAUGCUGUAAAAAUUGUGGAUCUGAUCAACAUACAGAAAAAGACUGCCCAGAAAGGCCAAGAAAAGUAAACGCAAUUGUACGUGGUGAAGGAAUAUACUCUGGAAAGAAAGUUUAUCAGCAAGCAUUAAGUUACGAAGCGAAAAGAGAUAAUUACGCGAAUUACAGUGGCAGUAGAUGGCUUGUUGACUCAAAACAGGCUUCGCUAUACAAAGCCAAGAUCCUAGCGCAGUCAACCGAUGUAAAUGACAAAGUUGAAAUUCGAGCCACAUUUGGGUCGAGAUCCAGCCGAAAUAGACAAGAUACAGCUGACUACAUUAAGAAUAUAGAUAAUGACACACCGGAUGUUCUCAAGGAAGACUCCAAAUUCGUUGGACCAGAAGAAGGAAAAAGCGAAAAACAGGAAGUCGAUGUAAAAUUUUCCUGGGAAGAAGGAGCUGUUAAACCAAAGAAGGUGACGAAGGAUUUGACCGAAGAGGCUAUGAAACAGUCGCAGAGGGAGUUCAUGGAAAGGAAGAAGCUGAUGUCGACCCUGAUCCAGCAGAACGAAGAGAAAGAAGAAGAAAUUCCAAAGAGCGAAAGAUACGGAAACAUGGAAGACGUCUUUGUCAACGGACACACUUCUGUCUGGGGCUCCUUCUUCUGCGCGGGACAGUGGGGCUACGCAUGCUGCAAACAGACAGACAGAAACUCUAUUUGUACAGCUCAGAAAGACUGA